CAUUUGUUGUCUCUUAUCCAGCUUACGUGAUGUGGCAUUUGACAGUGAUUUAAAAGCAGGGAGAAAAACUAUAGGUUAUAUAGUAAUAAACAACCUUCACUGAUAACUCGAGUCGAAUUCAUGUUGCAAUGUUAAAACGUUUAGUCAGUCUUGUUGUAAUAUUGGGUGGCCUCAGGUUGAGAUUUGGUGUCGUGUACCAAGAAAUUAGUAGUGAAUUAGGUGCCGGUGAUGGCGAGGACAGAAUCGCGUGAAGCCAUCGUUGAACACGGAAACGCACAAAAUGAAUGUGAACAAGUGGAUUUCGAAACAGCCAUCUCCCUUACUGGUUAUGGAAAAUUCAACUACGUGCUCAAUAUGGUUGCGAUACCUGCCGUCUGGUCCACACUAUUUGACACAACUACAAUGUCAUACAUACUGCCCUCUGCAGAAUGCGAUCUGAACCUUUCGGACCUGGACAAGGGGAUUCUGAAUGCCAUGGUGUAUGGAGGGAUGGUGUUGGGCGCCUUCUUUUGGGGGUUUUUAUCUGACACCCUUGGCAGGCAGAAACUUCUUCUGACUGGCUACUACCUGCUCACUGCGCUAAUUAUAGCAUCAAGUUUCUCACAGGCAUUUUGGAUUCUCGGUGUUUUCAAGUUCGUAGGAGGAUUUGUGGCAUGUGGACCAUAUGCCAUUUUUAUGACAUACCUUGCUGAGUUCAAUAGUUGUCACCACCGAGCCAGAGCCAUGAUGAUGAUUGGGAUCUACAGUGCCAUGGCAUUUGUUGCUGUUCCAGCUUUGGCAUGGCUGUUAAUUCCACAGUCCUGGUCAUGGACAUUUUUUGGGGGCUACAUCACAUACAACUCCUGGCGCAUCUUCCUUCUAGCAUCUGCUACACCAAGUUUUGUGGCAGGGUGUUGCAUGUGGUUCUUGGAUGAGUCACCAAAGUUUCUCAUGUCCUGUGGCAGAAUGGAUGAAGCUCUUGAUGUCUUUCGGAGAAUUUAUAGUAUUAACACAGGCAACCCUCCAGAAACUUACCCAGUGAAAUUCCUGCUCAAAGAGAAGUCAGGCAUCUUGAUAUCAGAUGUACCAAAUAACAGAGUAUUGAUACUUCUUAAACUUGGUAUGAAGCAAAUGAAGCCAUUCUUUCACAAACCACAUGUUGGAAAAGCAGCAUUAGUAUUUGUCAUCCAGUUUGGUGGACUGUGGGGAACAAACACAAUACGACUGUGGCUACCUCAGCUGUUUGCCAUCAUGGAGGAGUAUUUUAUCAACAACAAGUCUGUUUCUGAAAAUGCAACUUUGUGUGAUAUGCUGGCAUCCCAUACUUGGACAAAAGUUACAUCCAAUGAAACAUUGACCCUGACUGAUGCACCGUGUGUUCCUGUACAGUUAGGUGACACAAUGUAUAUGUAUUCAAUUAUUGUUGGAGUAGCAACUGCAGCCUUCAAUCUGACUGGAAGCUCGGUCAUCAACUGUCUUGGCAAGAAGAAGAUACUUGUUGUUGGCUACGUGGUGUCAUGUUGCUGUGUGGUAGCAAUGUACUGGUGUAAUAGUAUGGAGGUAAUGCUGUUGCUUGCUUCACUUACUGUGGGCUCUGGUUCCAUGUGCUCCCAUGCACUGAUAAGUGUUGUAGUGGACCUCUUUCCUACAAGUCUAAGAACAAUGGCAGUAAGCUUGACCAUGAUGGUGGGUCGAGUUGGCGCCCUCUCAGGAAAUAUUACUUUUCCUGUUUUCCUGGGAGUCAGUUGUUCGGUGUCAUUCUUCCUCCUUGGAUCCAUCACAUUUAUUUGCAGUGCUUUAGCACUUUUACUGCCAAGGACUCUUGGGAAAGCACUGGAAUGAAGCACAUUUUAGAAACUUCACAUGAUUUCUUAAUCAUCUGCAUUACUAUCAGUAUCUUCAGGAACCUGUCUUACCUCAUAUAUUAUUUAUUUGUAACAUUCACUUUAAUUACAUAUGUUAUUGCUUAUUGUUUGGAAUAAAAUAACAACAUGGAACAUAAUCUUGAGAAGCUAGUAUGUACAGAACUACUAAAUAGAUUUCCUGCCUCAUGUGGAA